AUCCAUGUGGCGGGGCCUCUGGACCCUGGCAACCCUGACGGCUCGCGGGCCUCGCAGUCUCGGGCCGUUCACGCGCCACGGCAGCGGCGCCCCGGCCCCGGGUUCCGGAGCCACCAUAUUCGCGCUGAGCUCGGGCCAAGGCCGCUGCGGCAUCGCUGUGAUUCGGACUAGCGGCCCCGCCAGCCGCCACGCCCUCCGGAGCCUCACUGCGCCCCAGGACUUGCCCCGGGCUCGCUACGCCAGCCUGCGCCUGCUCUGCGACCCCCGCUCGGGGGAACCGCUGGACCGCGCUCUGGUGCUCUGGUUCCCAGGUCCCCAGAGUUUCACGGGUGAGGACUGCGUGGAGUUCCACGUGCAUGGAGGCCCGGCCGUGGUGAGCGGCGUCCUGCAGGCCCUGGGCAGUGUGCCAGGACUUCGGCCAGCAGAGGCGGGAGAGUUCACCAGGCGGGCGUUUGCUCACGGGAAGCUGAGCCUGACUGAAGUGGAAGGCUUGGCCGAUCUGAUCCAUGCCGAAACGGAGGCACAGCGGCGUCAGGCCCUAAGGCAGCUGGAUGGGGAGCUGAGCCACCUCUGUCAUGGCUGGGCAGAGACCCUCACUAAGGCUCUGGCUCACGUGGAGGCCUAUAUUGACUUUGGUGAGGAUGACAACCUGGAGGAAGGAGUUUUGGAGCGAGCUGACAGCCAAGUACAGGAGCUGGAGUUGGCACUGGGCGCGCAUCUUCGAGAUGCCAGGCGUGGGCAGAGGCUCCGCUCAGGGGCACAUGUUGUGGUCACGGGACCCCCCAAUGCUGGCAAGAGCAGCCUGGUGAACCUGCUCAGCCGGAAGCCCGUGUCUAUUGUUUCUCCAGAACCAGGGACCACCCGCGAUGUGCUGGAGACCGCUGUAGACCUGGCUGGGUUCCCAGCGCUACUGAGUGACACAGCAGGGUUGAGGGAGGGCGUGGGUCCAGUGGAGCGAGAGGGCGUGCGGCGAGCCCGAGAGAGGCUGGAACAGGCUGACCUCAUUCUGGCCGUGCUGGACGCCUCUGAUCUGGCCUCUCCAUCCAGCUGCAGCUUCCUGGACACGAUUAUCACCACCACCCGAGCCCAGAGCUCCAGUGGGAGUAAACAGCGGCUCCUAUUGGUGUUGAACAAAUCAGACCUGCUCCCCAAGGGGGGCCCAGGCCCCAGUCCUGAGCUGGCCCCCUAUCUGCUGCUCUCCUGCCUGACCAGGGAGGGUCUGGAUGGCCUCUUGGAAGCACUGCGAAAGGAGCUAGCUGCAGUGUGUGGUGACCCGUCUGCAGGCCCACCACUGCUGACACGCACCAGGCACCAGCAUCACCUGCAGAGAUGCCUGGAUGCCCUCGGUCAAUACAAGAAGGCCAAAGACCUAGCCCUGGCAGCUGAGGCACUUCGGGUUGCCCGGGGCCACCUGGCUUACCUCACAGGGGGUGGAGGCACGGAAGAGAUCCUGGAUGUCAUCUUCCGGGACUUCUGUGUGGGCAAGUAAGGGAACUGCCAAUCUCAGACACAGGCUGGGUGGACACCUGGAAGCUUUGAGGAAUCUGGGAUCAGCUUAGGCCAAGCGGGAUUUUCUAUCCCUUGGGGAGGAUCUUGUCACCAGAGUAACUGCCUUCAUGGGUAGUAAGCUCCCAGUUGCUGGCAAUUAUCAAAUUGUGACUGGCUAGAUCUCUCUGGGGAUUUCUGGGUAUUCAAGCCCUGGAGAGGGGCUGAGUGGAGGUCUCUUUGGGCCCCCAAAGCUGGAGGAUCAGGAGUAGAGGGUUGGGACGAAGGAAGGAAGAUCUCAGGAGUACUUGUUUUAUAGUUUUUAAUUUAUUAUUCAAAUACCAAAGGCAUGUAAGAAACUCAGUUGAUCCAGAAAUGUGGAAAUCUCCCCUCUCCCCAGCUCAGCUUGUGUCCCUCCAGAACUUUCUCUGUGCGCUUACGUUUGCAUUCUUGUAGAUGCACCAAUCAAAUACAUUUUACAUUUUGUACAUAAAUUGUGUGUAUAUUGCGCUGCAAGUUUUCAUUCCCUUUUUAGUAUUAAUCUUAGAACUUUGCCUCUCGUACCUUAAAAGUAACUCAUGAAAUCCUGGGCCCAACUUCCUCUGCAAGUUCAUUCACUCCAUUCAUUCACCCGGUGACUGUCAAGCACCUGUUACACAUAAUUUUGUUGGCUCUUUACACUAGCACAAUGGGGUAGGUAUUUAGUCACUGUUUUAUGGAGGAGAAAAUGGGCUCAGAGAAGUGGUCACUUGCUCAUGGUUCAAGCUUUAGGAUUUGUACUUAGGUCAGUUCAGUUCCAAUCUGAGCUCAGGGCCAGGGUACUGGAAAUAUGGUGGAACAAGCAGGUUCACCCUUGGCCUGAUGGAAAAAAAAAGAGGCUCAUCCUUACAGUGAGAUCUCUGACUGUGGUGUGAGCUUACAAAGAAGAGAUCUGACCUGGCAGAUAUCUGAGGGCACAUGCCCUACAUAGGUCACCUAAUGUUGAAAAGGAACCCUGAUGGAAGGGGCUGGUAAGAGUGUCCCAGGCAGGGAACGUAAUGUGUGCAAAGGCUUUGAAUUGGGAGCAGGGACAACAGAGGUGGCCAUUGUGGCUGGAACAGAGUGAGCGAAGGGGAGAGAGGAAGGAUAUGAAGUGAAAGGGAAGUGGAAGGAAAUUACAGUGGGGUACAGAUGAUCCUUGAACAAUGCAGGAGUUAGGGACAACAGACCCACCAGAUACAACUUUCUUUUUAAAAGAUUUAUUUAUUUAUUCCUAUAAGAACCGGGGUAUAGGCCAGAUGUGUGGGAGGGCGAGAGGAUUCAUCAGAGACAGAGUGGGGAACAGAACAGGCAGAUGAACUGAAAUACACUGCUGAGGGGCGCAGAGGGCGCGACAGGAGAGGUCCACUGUGCCAUGUGGGACCCUUGCCACCUGGCCGGGAUCGAACCAGUGCUGCAGAGGCUGCGGACAGCCUCACAGCGGCGCGCUCAACCGCCUGCGCCACCAGGGAGGCCCCCAGAUAUAACUUUUGACUCCUUAAAACCUUAAUGCUGCUAGCUUGCCGUUGACUAGAAGCUUUAGCAGGAACAUAAAACAGUUGAUGUACAUGUAUUUUGUGUUAUGUAUUGCAUGCUUACAAUGCAUUAAGCUAGAAAGAAGAAAUUUUAUUAAGAAAAUAGUUGUUGGGGCCUCCCUGGUGGCUCAAGGGGUUAAGACACUGCAGCCUCUGCAGCAUGAGUUUGAUCCCCAGCCAGGGAGCUACCCACAUGGCACAGCAGACCUCUCCUGUCUUGCCUGCUGCUCCCCUCAGCAGUGUAUUUCAGUCAGUCUAUCUGUUCUGUGCUCCACUCUGUCUCUGAUGAAUCCUCUCACCCCACCUCCCCACACCACUGGCCUGUACCCCAGUUCUUGUAUGAAUAAAUAAAUAAAUCUUAAAAAAAAAAGAAGAAAAUAGUUGUGAAGAGGAAAAGGAAGGGUUUUAAAAACACCUGGUGGCACAAGGGGUUAUAUCUCAGCACUAUGAAGAUAGCCACAGCCACUGCAGCACAAGUUUGAUCCCUGAUCCCUGGCUUGGGAGCUAAUCCAUAUGGAACAGCAGACCUCUCCUUUCUUGCCUGCUGCUCCCCUCAGCAGUGUAUUUCAGUAGAUAUGACUGUUCUGUUUCCCACUCUGUCUCCGGUGAAUCCUCUCACUCCCACACCUCUGGCCUGUACCCCAGUUCUUGUAUGCAUAAAUAAAAUAAAUCUUAAAAAAAAACCAAACAGGGUCUCCCUGGUGAUGCAGCGGUUUAGCGCUGGGCUGCGAAGCUGCCUGCAGCCUCUGCAGCGCCGGUUCAAUCCCCGGCCACAAGGGAGGGGCCCACGUGGCACGCAGACCUCUCAUUCUAGCCCGCUGCUCCCCCUCAGCAAUGUGCUUCGGUCCUUCUGCCUGCUCUGCUCCCCGCUCUGGCUCUGGCGAAUUCUCUCACCCUCCCGCGCUUCUGACU